CCUGUCGUCCAAGCGUUGCCGUGGAGGGAGCUCCUUGACUCGGCUAUCUUUGGUGCAGCAGCGCAGCGCGGUGCGACGGACGGGGCGCACAUUGAGUCAGCCAGACACCCAGCAGCAAUGUCGGACAGUGGGAGUCAGGAAUCCGCCGCCGCGGCCCCGAACGGCAGCGACAGCCCGUCAAAGAGAGCACUAAGACCGGCCGUCGGCAACAGAGUCACCGUGGUGCUCGGAGCUCAAUGGGGCGACGAGGGGAAAGGAAAAGUUGUGGAUCUUCUGGCACAAGACGCCAACAUGGUGUGCAGAUGUCAGGGUGGCAACAACGCAGGGCACACGGUGGUGGUCGACUCGGUGGAGUACGACUUUCACCUCCUCCCCAGCGGCAUCAUCAACCCCAAGGUCACCGCCUUCAUUGGCAAUGGUGUGGUGAUCCACCUUCCAGGUCUGUUUGAUGAGGCAGAAAAGAAUGAACGCAAAGGUAAAGGUCUAGAAGAGUGGGAGAAAAGGUUGAUCAUCUCAGACAGAGCACAUAUUGUGUUUGACUUCCACCAAGCGGUUGAUGGCGUUCAGGAACAGCAGAGACAAGAGCAAGCAGGCAAGAACCUCGGGACAACAAAGAAGGGGAUUGGUCCAGUGUACUCGGCCAAGGCUGCACGUAGCGGUCUCAGGAUAUGUGACCUGCUGGCUGACUUCACUAAGUUUUCUGAAAGGUAUAAAGUACUGGCCCAGCAGUACAAGGCAAUGUACCCUACUCUGGAGAUUGACAUAGAGGGAGAACUGGUCAAGUUAAAGGACUAUGUGGAGCGGAUUAAGCCCAUGGUGAGGGAUGGGGUGCAUUACAUGUAUGAAGCUCUUCAUGGACCUCCUAAGAAGAUCCUGGUGGAAGGAGCCAACGCGGCACUACUGGACAUAGACUUUGGGACGUACCCGUUUGUGACAUCGUCCAACUGCACGGUGGGCGGGGUGUGUACAGGUCUCGGCAUGCCGCCUCAGAACGUUGGUGAGGUUUACGGCGUCGUCAAGGCGUACACCACCAGAGUCGGCAUCGGAGCUUUCCCCUCAGAGCAGAGCAACGACAUCGGAGAGCUACUUCAGACUCGGGGGAAGGAGGUGGGCGUGACCACAGGCAGGAAGAGGCGAUGUGGUUGGCUGGAUCUGGUGCUCAUCAAAUAUGCACACAUGAUUAAUGGCUUCACCGCUUUAGCACUCACCAAACUGGACAUACUUGACGUGUUCACAGAGAUCAAAGUGGGCGUAGCGUACAAAGUCGACAACCAAACUAUACCUCACUUUCCAGCCAAUCAGGAGGUGUUGCAGCGUGUGGAGGUAGAGUACGAGACGCUGCUGGGCUGGAACAGCGAUACCUCGGCUGCGAGGAGCUUUGAGGAGCUGCCUGAGAACGCCCAGAAAUAUGUCCACUUCAUUGAGGAGCAUGUGGGAGUGCCUGUCAAGUGGAUCGGAGUGGGAAAGUCUCGGGAGUCCAUGAUCCAGCUGUUCUAGACGAAUGGAGGAGAAAAUCAAGCAAAGAGGAUGCACAGCAGCAAAUCAACUGUACCCUUCUCCCCCUCCCCCUACAUACACACAGCCUACCUACCUGUCUCAACUCUCCAACGGAGAUCAUCAUGUCUGUUUUUAAUGCUUUACCAGAGUGUCACAGCGUUACUCUCUGGAUCAGACUCGAAUCAGACUGACCUCCCUGUAUGAAUGGUUCCCAGCGUCUACAUCUGGAUUUUAACAGUUUUAAACCUUAGGAUAGCAGUUCCACAGUCAACUCCCUCUCUUUAAUUUGUCCCCGUUUAUAUCGUAGCCAUUUACUUCAGACAUACAACACACUAGGCGACACCAGCUGCCAUCGUGGUCUGAGAGGACAUGAGGGAAUGGACUCAACACACACACACACACACACACACUGACGCAGACACGGGUUCACCGCCCAGAGGAACUAUCCACAGAUGUUUUGGUUGGUCAAACUUUGUUCAGUUGUAUUUUUGUUAAUCUAUGCUGUGUUUUAAAUGCGCUGUGCCAGUCUGGUGUAAAUCAGUUUAAGGGUUUUAACCUCAGUACUUUAGAUGCUUUGGAUUAUAUCUGCUUUAUGUUUUAUUCUGCCGGGUUUACCUCAAAUCCUGACAUGAUAAAGGGAUCUUGUUGUAUUUGUAAUGUGUCUUUUUGUGAUGGUUUUUUUUGUCAUCAGACAGAUGAGUAAAGAUAUCUUAUAUUGCCUUGUCAUUCAACCAAACAAUAAGCUUUUAAAUUUCCUGUAGCUAGUCACUGCUUCCACUGAAUGCUGUUGAUGAAAUGCUGAUGCCCUUCUUCUCGUACUGUGAGAAGGCUCAUGGUUUUUGGGUUUAUUUUGGCAGGUGAGUUUUUCCAUGAGCUGGUACAGAGAGUUUGGUAUAACAAAUGAAAAUCAAUUCAAUAGGCCAGCAUCUUUCUACUCACAUUCUUCUGAUUGUUUAAAUUAUUAUUACCAUUGAUUUCUAUGCACUUUCAGUACAAUGUUCUGUUAAAGUGGAAAGGAAGGCAACGGUAACAACUUUUACACCAAGAGAAGUGUAAAUACUGAUUGAUAAAACUGUAUAAGAAAGUCAUCUUUCUCCUUUUUUUGUACAGUCUUGUGCCAUUACAGAAAAAUAAGGCUGAAAGUUCCCCUCCACUCAAAUAUUAGUUUCACAUUCAUCUGCUGAAAGUGGAAAGUUUUUAUGUGCUCAUUGAACAUCUGAUUUUAAGGGGCGGGGCCAACAGUGUCCAGCAGGUACACUUUAGAAAUGAACAAAAUUAGGAUAUUCAUAGAUUCUGUCUUUUUUUUCAAUGAGGUCAAAGGAAUAGAUGCCUUUUUCAGGGUUAUAAUGUGGAAAUGAUAUAUAUAUAUUUUUUUUUAUUUAUUUAGAAAAAAACACAUCAGACAUAUUAUUGUGUAUGUGUGUCUUAUUUCGCGUCUGGAGGGGAUCUUUAAAUAAGUCUAGUCCUUGGUUGCGUUUUGCCAUCAGAAACUAUCUGGUUCUCAUCACUGUAUCAGCAGUUCAAUGGCACCAUUCAAAUGAGCCAAUCAGAGCUACCUGCUGGUGUGAUGUCACAGCUGAAAAAUGUGUCUGAUGCAUUCAUGCAAAACCUAACAUAACUCCGACUUGGGAGCGUUCACGCAUUAUUGUAAGACGAUUACUCUGGCUCGUACUCUUAUAGUCACAUCAUUUAAACAGCCUUAAUCAGUGACUUUAACCGUGUUACAUAACCAGAUACAUAUACGGUAAAGCUCCUUUAAAAUUCACUGACUCCGUUGUAUUAGUGCUAAUAUUGGAUUUUAUUUAGAUGUAACUGUCAGUGAUGGUGGCUUUCCAGCCAUUUUGCCAUCAGUUUGUCUCCAAAUUACAAUUAGGGUCAAGUGUGUUUACUGAUAAUUAAGGUCCCAACAAUAUGAUAUGAAUGCAGUAUUAUUCUUCCAGGUCUAAAUCAGUUUAGAAUACUAAAAGUUCUUCAGAUAUUUGGAUUGAUUAUUGCUCUUCCAUAAAGUUGGGGGACUAUCAAUCAGCAGCAGAGGCCAAGAUAUCCAGACGUUUCCUAGUAUGGGGUCAAACUCCUCCAAUGUUGAAUCAUACAUUUUCCAUAAUGCUACUGGCUGACGUCUUCCGUUAUGCCAUGUUCACACCACAUGGGAGGGACGUUAACGACUUGUCAGCUUUCACAUGAUCUGAUAAAUCAAGGUGGUUGUAGGAUUACAGAAUCUUUAAUGUGAGAGUUAGAAACACUAUGCAUUGACAAAACACUAUAUCCAUUAACACUUAACACCUCUGUAUUUCAUAUCAGAGCUUUCAGAAAAGGCCAUGUUUCCCCAGUUGUAAAAACUCCUUAGAUGUUGAUGUGAACACUACAAGUAAUUAUAAUAACUGAUAUAAAAUGAAUGUGGCAUUCGACCAGACUUUGGAAAGCUCCUCCAGAGCCACAGAAGACACACAACUGUUCACUGACUCCUUUAAUGAACCCCUGAUAUCUUGUUUGAGUAGAGGUGGAGGUGGAGAACUAGAAACCAAACAGCUCUCUGUAAAAGUGAGAAAAGUGUUAGUUGAAAAAUGGUCACAGAUGUUUCAUAGGCACAGCUGUUGUACCAUAGCAGACCCUGUACGGCUUAAUGUGUUUUUGUUUUUUAUGUCAGAUAUUAGAAACUCAACCUGUUUUCCGUUGGCAGCAAGACAGUAACACAUUGCACGUUUUUGGGGGUUUAAUUCCAAAAGAACAUAAACAUGAUGACAUGAAUGGAUUUGAUACCAGAUAUUUCACCUUCAGUAAACAAAGCAGUGAGUCGUCAUGUCAAUUUAGCUGGAGAGCGUUUUGUCAAAUUAUUGAUACAUGAUUUUGGAAUAAAACUCCUGUUUGUUAAUUAUAUAAACUGGUAUCUAGUCCACCUCUUCUCUGGUGACCUUACUGUGGCCACUCAGUCUGCAACAUUUUUCUCAGGACAUUGAUUAAAAGGUGAUAUUUUUAAAAA